AUGGUCGAUCUAGGCACAAAGUCUCCUUUGGAAUAUGGCAUUCCCGAUAUCACAACGGGACUCCUCUCUAGCAUUGUCGGACCACCCGUUAUUGCUCAGAACUUUGAAUUGAAGCCACAGUUCAUUCAAUUCAUCUCUAAUGAUUCAUUUGCAGACACACCUCACGAAUGCCCUAUCAGUCAUAUUGAUAGUAUCUUGGAAAAGUGCGAUACUAUGAAACUAAAUUGUGUUACGGAUGAUGCUAUUAGACUUUGCCUUUUCCCUUUCUCAUUACGGGAUAGAGUGAAGGAAUGGUUGAGAGAUGAAGGUACUGGCUCUUUUGACACAUGGGACAAACUGGUGAAAGCUUUUCUAGUCAAGUUCUUGGGAAAGGAAAAGACUGCAAGGUUGAGAAAUGAGCUAUCUACUUUCGGGCAGUCAGAUGAUGAGUCCUUAUAUGAAGCAUGGAGGAGGUUCAAGCGAUUGCAGAGACAAUGCCCUCACCAUGGUAUUCUCGAAUGGAUGUUGAUUCAAACCUUUUAUAAUGGUUUGACUCAUGAGUUCCGAAUCUAUAUUGAUGCUGCAUCUGGGGGUUCUCUUCUGACUAAGAACCCAACUAAGGCAAAGGAGCUAAUUGAGAAGAUGGCAGCAAAUGAUAAUUACCAUUCAGGAGGACAACGUAAUGUUAAAAAGGGAGGUAUGCAUAAUGUUGAUGCUAUAACCCUUUUAACUAGCUCUAUGCAGGCAUUAACAAGCAAGUUUGACAAGUUCCAAGCAACAUCUUCUAGUUCAUCUUCUAAAACUUGUCAAAUGUGUAAUAAUACCCAAGCUCAACAAAAUCCAACUCCACCACCACCUCGAAACAAUAAUUAUAAUGCUCCAUCCGAUUUCCAAGCAAGACCACCUCUAGUCCAACAACCUAUGCAACCACCUCCACAAAAAUCCAACCUUGAGCUAAUGCUUGAGAACUUCGUUACCACAACAAACAACAACAUCCAACAACUACAAGCUCAGAACAAUCUCAUGGAAAAUCAAAUAAGUCAACUUGCUCAUCAAGUUGGCCAAUCUUUGAAGACUCCGUGUGCUUUUUCGGGUCAAAUAGAGAAACCACCUAAAGGACAUAUGAAUGCUAUGAAUUUGAGGAGUGGAAAGAAGAUGGAAGAUCCUCCCACAAGGGAGCCAUCCAAGGAGGUUGUUGAUGAGGUAGUCCCAAAAGAGAAGGUGGUCGAUGGUACUGCAACUGAGGAAGAGCCAAAGGAAUCAACUCCACCACCACUUAUUCCAUAUGUGUCGCAAGUUCCUUUCUCGCAAAAGUUGGCUCAAGCUAAGUUAGAGAAGAUGUAUGGAAAAUUUCUUAAUAUUUUGAAGAAGCUUCACAUCAACAUUCCAUUCUUAGAUGCAAUAUCCGAGAUGCCAUCUUAUGCAAAAUUUUUGAAGGAUAUGCUAUCUAACAAGAAGAAUCUAUAG